AACAACAAAACCAGAAGAAGAGAGACACUGGUGAAUGAAGAAUGAAGUGCUGGGGGAACAUUAGGAGGUCAGACUGGGUCUUCCCCACUGCCAUACUCUCUCUUUACGGUUUCUUUGCUAACUGCAGACCGGCAGAGCCAUUUCUUACACCUUACUUGGUGGGACCCAAAAACAUCUCAGAGGAAGUGGUAACAAACUACUUGUUUCCCAUUUGGACAUACUCAUAUCUUUCCCUUCUCUGUCCAGUAUUCCUAUUAACAGACUUCCUGAGAUAUAAACCUAUAAUAAUAACUCAAGGUCUCUUUCUAGUCAUAAAUUACACAAUUCUUUGCUUUGCUCAAAAUGUGACCACCAUGACCUACCUGCAGUUCAACUUUGCAAUGGUCACCUCUACUGAGGUUGGCUACUUUUCAUAUAUCUAUAGCGUCAUACCUCCCGAACGCUACCAACAAGCCACGGGAUACGUCCGUAGUGCUAUGCUGAUCGGCUAUACGUUCGGAGCCACAUUAGGGCAGCUGCUAAUAUCAUUAGCCGAUACAAGCUACUUUCAUGUUAACACAAUCACUUUAGGUCUAAUGGGGGUGGCUUUUCUCAUCUCUUUGGGCUUGCCAAUGCCCCAGCAUGGGAUGUUUUUUAAAAAUGGGACAGGGGUGUCUGCGGACCCUUUGGAAGAGGCAUGCGAGGGGAAAGAUCUUAGAAAGGAGGCCAAAGGAAGAUGCUGCACUUGGGGAAACAUUAAACAUUCUGGAAAGCAAAUGUGGGGGAGUCUUCGAGAAUCCUACUCUUCGAUAAAGAUGCUGCAGUGGUCCCUCUGGUGGUCCCUGGCUACAGCUGGAUACGGGCAGGUCUUCAACUAUGUCCAGCUAAUGUGGGACCACAUCGAGCCUUCCAGUACAUCAUCUGUGUAUAAUGGUGGAGUGGAGGCAGUUUGCACACUUGUAGGUGCAGCUGCAGCCUUCUCGGUGGGCCAUUUAAAAGUACAGUGGGGUGUGUGGGGCGAGCUCUCCCUGGGUGUAUUCUCCGCUAUAGGAGCAGGAUGUGUCUUUCUAAUGGGCCUCACCAACAAUAUUUGGCUGUGUUACGCUGGCUAUGCUAUCUUCAAAGCCUCGUACAUGUUUCUCAUCACAAUUACAAUGUUUCAGAUAGCAGUUAAUCUCUCUAUGGAAUGUUACGCUUUAACCUUUGGCAUAAACACUUUUGCUGCCCUUACUCUACAAACAAUACUUACUGCUAUUGUGGUGGACAAUACAGUACUUGGACUGGGCAUUGAAACACAGUUCCUUGUAUAUGGAGGUUACUACAGCUUGAUCUCUGUCCUCUUCCUAAUGCAAGGAGUGAACACCGUUUGUAAACGCUACUGUAUGUCUGAAGCGAGACCAAAUGACGAUCGAUCACCUCAGGAAAAUAUGGAAGACCAGUGUGUUACAGACUCAGACAAUAUCAAAGAGGAUCCAUGACACCAUCACGACAUAUAAAGCAUUCAGUACCAUAAUGUUGCAAUGAUAUUACACUACACUGAUAAUACAUCAUAAGAAGUUGUAUUAUGUAAUAAAAAUAAUUUAUUCCAAUAACGUAUUUAUAACGAAACAGAACGAGUAAUAUUAACCGCUUGUCAUGCCACAAAAUCAAUAACAAUGAGCUUAAUCUUAUGUACAUAUAAUUAAACACGUAAACUUGAUUACUUUCCUCACUGCUGUUACACAAAUAAAUAACAGACCACGGCUGUGAACUGUAAUAUGACACCGGAAGUUAUUCAAGCGUGUCGAUGUGAAUAGCGGAAGUGAUGUCAAGUCUGCAGUGUAUAGUGGGAAUUGCAGUAGAAUAACCCUUUGCUAAGGCACUGGCGUUAUUUACA